AUAGGCAAGAGGAGGGUCUGAAUGCGCGUUCCUUUGCGCGUUCCUCUUGCUCCCCGCUUCCCAGUCCAAGCCUGGUCUAUUCGCUGACUCAGUGCCUUAAGCAGCAUCACGGUUCAUCGGAACAGAGCUUCAGCAUCCUCUGCGGAGAAAUACAUCAGCCAUGGCUAAAACUGUAACCGCAUACAAAGAGAAGAUGAAGGAGUUGUCCGUCCUCUCCCUUAUCUGUUCCUGCUUCUACCCAGAGACUCGCAACAAGCUUGUUUGUGAGUUUGAAGACAUGGAAGUUAAACCUAUAGACAAGCGGGCCUCAGGGCAAGCCUUUGAGGUAAUUCUCAAGCCCCAGUCUCCGGUGUCAGACAUUGCCCACAACCUUCCCUCUCCCCCAAAGAGGGAUCUCUCUCUGGAGGAGAUUGAGAAGAAACUGGAGGCAGCUGAAGAGCGAAGGAAGUACCAAGAGUCUCAGGUGCUGAAGGUUUUGGCGGAAAAGCGGGAGCAUGAAAGGGACGUGUUGCUAAAGGCCAUGGAGGAGAACAGCAACUUUAGCAAGAUGGCCGAGGAAAAGCUCCAGAUGAAGAUGGAACAGAUUAAGGAAAAUCGCGAGGCCCAGCUGGCAGCCAUGAUGGAGCGCCUACAGGAGAAGGAGAAGCAUGCCGCAGCUGUGCGCAGGAACAAAGAGCUGCUGAGGGAAGAGCAGCUAGCAUGAGCUUCACACAAUUCCUGUAGUCCGUCUGUCGAACCAUCCAUCUAUCCUUGCUCCGCCCUCAACCUCUCCAAAACAGACACUCUGCCCUGAAGGCUGAGAGGCUCAAGAAACUCACCACCACAGCACUGCACACCUUAUCACAACUAUCCACAACCAUCAGUAUUAUCAGUGAUACAGACAUCUAUGACACUCCUUUUACAACUGAAUAGAUUUGUUGAUUUAGCUAAAGUGCAACCAUAUGACUUUCAUUUUGUACUAUCUAUCUAUCUAUCUAUCUAUCUAUCUAUCUAUCUAUCUAUCUAUCUAUCUAUCUAUCUAUCUAUCUAUCUAUCUAUCUAUCUAUCUAUCUAUCUAUCUAUCUAUCUAUCUAUCUAUCUAUCUAUCUAUCUAUCUAUCUAUCUAUCUAUCUAUCUAUCUAUCUAUCUAUCUAUCUAUCUAUCUAUCUAUCUAUCUAUCUAUCUAUCUAGCUAGCUAGCUAGCUAGCUAGCUAGAUAGAUAGAUAGAUAGAUAGAUAGAUAGAUAGAUAGAUAGAUAGAUAGAUAGAAACUAGAUAGAAACUAGAUAGAAACUAGAUGAAUAGAUAACGGGUUAGCUAUCUGUUUAGCUAGCUAGCCAGAUAGCUUCCUGUCUCUCUGUAUCUCCCUCUCUCUGUGUCUAGUUGUCUUGCUAGCUGGCUAGAUAAAAAGACUGAAAGCGACUUAGCUAAAUUUCUUGAUAGCCAACAUUUUAUAUGUUUAUCUAGCUAGCUAGCUCUCUAUCUUUUUGUUAGUGACUGUUUAUGUUCUUCAAGUUUUACACCACAACUCUUAUCAUUUGAAAGGCCUCAGUGUUGGGAGUUGGCAGAAGAUGAAGGAUUGUCAAUGUUUUCUGAUGAUGUCAUGAAGAUGACGACGAUGAUGUUGAUUAAAUACUUGUAUGUUUCGUGAAGAGUGACAGUCGAUAUGUACAAAUCUGGUUUGGGUAUAUCGCAUCAGUUAUCUCCCCCAUGCUGCCUACUCAUGCUCAGCACCCAUAGAUUCAGACCACUUCCUUUGAGAUGAAUUGUAUUGUUGUUAGGAAUGUAUUUGCCUAAAGGAGUAAACUAUACAUCUGCAUAUUCACACCUUUUUUCAAAUAGUCAUUUGCCAAAUAAAUAGCUCUCCUAGGAUCUCUGGAGAUGAGCCUCACAAAAUGAAUGAAUGUUAUGAGACCAAACUGGUAUCAUACACAGUGUCUUGGACAGUGGAAUGUGCUGUUGCUCCCAUCUUGAUAUUUGAUAAUGUGAACCUAAAGUAUGUCUGUGUGGGCGACUAGGCAUCAUUAGCAUCUUUUCUCCUUAGAGGUGUAGGUAGAUAAUGGAUGCAAGAAGCUUUACAUACAGCACACUGAAGUAGUCUCUUUUUAACCUUCAGAAUACCACUGAUAUCUGCCUGCGUAGUCUGCUGCUUGUGUUUUUUUCCUCUUCAUAUUUUUCUCUGUGAAAGCUUUGCUGAAUAAAGGUUUGGGAGUUCUGUGAA